CACAAGUCUUGGGGGAAGGGUGGGCGUCCGAACGACGCCAAAACCCCGCCGCGUCAGCUAGUCGGUGCUGCUCAUUUUCACAUUCGCCGGAUACCCGCUGCCAGUGGUCCUUCGCACUUGGACGCAGUAACAUGAACGCCUGGGCAAUGGAAACCGGCUCCAAGCUUCCACCGCUUGUUCCGGGCAAACUGCGCCUGUACAGCAUGAGGUUCUGCCCGUACGCGCAGCGGGCACUCCUAAUGCUCAACGCCAAAGGCCUGGACCACGAAGUGGUCAACGUGAACUUGGCAAGAAGGCCCGAGUGGUACAACGACGUGCUACCCGCGGGUACCGUACCGGUACUGUACCAGGACGAAAAGGUCAUCAGCGGCUCCAUGCCCAUUGCCGAGUACCUGGAAGAAGUCUACCCACAGCCACGUCUCUUGCCCAGCGAUCCGUACCUGAAGGCCUUGGACAGGAGCUUUCUGGACUCGGCAUUAGCAUGUGCGUCGCUGAUUGGCAGUAUCUCGAUGAAGAGAGGAUCGAAGGAAGAGCACUGGGCCAACUUCGUCAAGAAAAUUGGGCUGUUUGAAAAAGAGCUUGGCAAGAGGAAGACAACGUACUUUGGAGGUGAACAGCCCGGCUUGGUGGACUACGUGAUCUGGCCAGCAUUCCCAGCUGCUCUCGCCUUCAGCAGGUUGUACCCCGACCUCAAGAUGCCGGCGGCCGAGGAGUUCCCGCUUUUCUCGCGCUGGCUGCAGGCCAUGCGCGAGUACCCGGUGGUCAAGGCCACCGUGAACGAGGACCACGUCUUCCUCUACGCCAAGAGUGGACAGGAGGGAGAGCGAGACUACAACGCGGGACUCCAGAAGUAGAACCGUAGCGCGUGUCUGUCUCGCUGAUGUGUCGUGCGCGAG